AUGUCCUCCGAAGAUCGAGACCUGGCAAAACGGUUCAAAGAAGAAGGAAACGAAGCAUUCAAACAGAAAAAAUAUCAUAAAGCGAUCACACUCUACACUAAAAGUUUGAACUAUUAUGCGGAUUCAGUGGUUUUUAGUAAUCGAGCUCAAGCGGAAUUGAAUGCGAAUCUUCCUGUUUUGGCACAAAUCGACUGUACUGCUGCCAUCGAGAAAGAUCCAGCAGCUGCGAAAGCUUACUAUCGAAGAGCUCAAGCAUUCAAAGCAAUGGAAUUAUACGAGUUGGCUCGAAAGGAUAUGGAGAGUUGUUGCAAGUUUGAUCAGAGUAUGAACAAGCAUGCAUAUGAAUUGAAAGGAAAGAAGAAUAUUCCUGUGAUAGAACUCUCGGCUAUUGAAAGAGACGAAUUCCUACAAUCAGCUGAUGCGUUGAAGAAAAUAAAAAUUGCAUUCGACAAGGAGACGACAGAGGUAGCUAGCCAACCAGAAGUCAAAAGUAAAAAAGAAAAUCCAAAAGACAAGUAUCUCACGAAGCUUCCACCACCACCGAAAGAUUACCAAGACUUCGUGGCAGCCGUCAGUUUGCUGAGUAGAGCUCAAUCUCUUCUCCCACUUGCCGAGUAUUUUUUGAGCAUCGAGACUGCAAAGUAUCGCGACUUGUUCGAUGUACUUCUUGACGACGUUUACGCAUCUCACAUUUUCAAUGCCCUAAACUUCCAACUAAAAACAAGUCUACCAAUUCCAAAACUCGCCGAACGAAUGCUGAAACUCGCUGACCUCAGUCGCUUCGAUCUCAUUCUCGCUCUUAUGCCUGCUUCUCAAAAAGUUUCAAUAACUGAAAUCUGCAAUCAUCUGGAGCCAGAUGAGGCGUUGCAAGUUAUGGCUAAAUAUCACAUUUGA